GUGUAUAGAAGGCGCAUGAUUAAACUUUUGUUUGGAGAAGAGCAGGAGGAGGAAGUAGUGGGCAUGGCUGAGCGACUGCCCUCUCUGCCUGUGCUAGACCUGGGAACCACAACGGAUCUGGACAAGUGGCUCAUCUUCAGCAAUCUUGACAAGACCUUUGUGUCGAAGCUGCGCCUGGCAUGUGUAUUUGGCAGCUCUGGCAAUGAGGCCUUGAUGGUCACGCAAGAUGAUGAUGUUUACGCUCUAGGAUCCAACUCGAGUGGCUGCCUAGGACUCGGAGACACACAUGGGAGCCUCGAGCCCCGAAAAGUGGAUGCACUGUGUCGGAAGGGUCUCCAUGCAAUAGCGUAUGGCAGUGGCCCCCACGUCCUGGCUGUCACAGAGAGUGGCGAGCUGCUCAGCUGGGGCCACAAUGGUUACUGCCAGCUGGGCAACAACUGCAACACGCAGGGUCUUGUUCCAUCCUCCAUAUCUGCAGGCCUGUCUCAUCGUGUGGCCCAGGUGGCCUGUGGUUCACACCACUCGCUUGCACUCACCACCAAUGGUGAUGUGUAUGCAUGGGGGCAGAACAACUGUGGCCAAGUGGGUUCGGGCUCAACCACCAACCAGCCUACACCCCGCAAAGUGAGCUCAGGCAUUGGUGGAAGACGUUGCAUCGGUGUAGCCUGUGGCCAAACUUCUUCCAUGGCCGUCAUGGAAAAUGGUGAGGUGUUUGGCUGGGGCUACAAUGGCAACGGACAGCUUGGCCUCGGUAACAACGUCAACCAAACCAGUCCCUGUCGCGUCACUAACUUGCAGGGUGUCGUCAUUCAUAAGGUUGUUUGUGGUUAUGCCCACACCAUGGCCCUCUCUGACGAAGGUGUGCUCUACACGUGGGGUGCCAACUCUUAUGGUCAGCUUGGCACGGGGAACAAGGCGAACCAAGUCAGCCCUUUCAAGAUGCCCACCGACAUUGGAAGGAUUGUGGAGAUAGCAGCAUCACACUACAACCACAUCUCUGCUGUGAUGACCCAGACGUCGCGCGUGUACAUGUGGGGCCAGUGCCGCGGCCAGUCCGUAACCGUGCCAACGGAGACCCCCUUUCACUCUAUUCAUGAUGUAUUCGCCUGUUUCGCCUGCCCCACGGUCACUUGGAAACCGAUGGUCUUAGACAUCUGCAACCCGAACACAGUUGCCAACAGUGUCAAGGCAGCUUUUAAUGACCCGAGCACCAGUGACCUCAAAAUCUGCGUAGAAGGACGCACAAUCCAUGUUCACAAGGCUAUUCUCAAAAUUAGGUGCGAGCACUUUCGUUCUAUGUUUCAAGCGCCCUGGGAUGAAGACGAGAAAGACACUGUGGAUGUGACCACAUUCCCCUAUGCGGUGUACAAGGCCUUCCUUCAGUACCUGUACACAGACGAGGUUGACCUGCCUCCGGAGGAUGCCAUAGGUCUUCUGGAUCUUGCCAACUCGUACUGUGAGGCACAGCUCAAGCGGCACUGCGAACGCAUCAUCAUGCACGGCGUGCUUGUUGAGAAUGUUGCCAUGCUCUAUGCAGCCGCCAUUAAGUUUGAAGCAAAGGAUCUAGAAGAGUUCUGCUUCCGGUUUGCCAUGAACCAUCUCACUGCAGUGGUGCAGACCGAUGCAUUCAACAAGCUUGAGGAGUCUGCAGUGAAGAGUUUCAUCACAAAAGCUGCCGUGUACGGAGCAUUCAAGUACUGACAAAGGAUGUGUUGAAAAUAUAAAUGCACGUGGCAGUGUCCAAAUACCACCAAAGCUGUGCAUGCCAUAGCACAGCAGCACUCUUUAAAGCAAUAUGCACGGGUGUUUUGGGGUAUUAUAUGUCUGUGAUAUUUUUUUUAGCCUUGAUGUGUUUUAUCGAACCGGUCUUUUUUUAAGAAAAAUAAAUGCAUUUAAACUAUU